UUCACUUCACGGUUGGUCGUCCGUCUUCGUCGGGCGGAGGAACGAAAUGAGGCGCGAUACACUCGCGGAGUAAAAGUGAAAAAGUAAACUCCUUGCCGCUUUAGUACGCUUCCAAUUUUCGUUUAGUAAACACGGUUUCCGGGCUGGGCUCCGAUGAGCUUUGCUUUCAGUUUGGUUGGCUUGUUGGAUUUGGCCGAUUUGAAACACAAUCAGCGUGAAGAAACAAAUAAGCAUCAGUCUGUGGUGGAAAGUUGGUCCUGUUGGCUGAGCUGGUCUGUAGCGAAGACGAUUCGGAUUCGAAUCUUGCCAGAGAGUAUGGUACCCAACAGAAGCACCGUACAUUAAACAUCUCUCGAGUUGUUGUAAACCUCCUUCUCUCCCGGGGAUUUCGUAAAUAUUGAACCACUUGGAUGAUAAUAUUUACUAGCCCACCGAUAUUUACUACACAUAACUCGCCACACACCUUCCGGUGGAUUAUCAGAGAGCUGUUUGGAAAAUAUUGCUGCCGAAGAAAAUAUUGUGUUAAAUAGUUCAGUUUCAGUUGAUACGGCGGCGUGUUGCGGGAGUUUAGUGUUUGUAAAAAGUUUUACUAAAGUAGUAAACAUUGUGUAGUUACAAGUGCGGAGCAGUGAAGCCAUUGUCGUACUCGAAGGAAUUGUGGAAACGGAAGAAUUCGCUGUGCGAGGAAAUCUAAGGUGAUUGAUUGGGAAGAACUCCGAGUGGGCCUUUUUGGCAUUCAGUGAAAAAGCCGAAGGGGAUUAUUUGAGAACAGUUUGUUGGAAACAUUUCGAAAAUUCUCAUCGGAAGUGAAAUUGACUACAUGUUGGCGACAACUGCCGCCAACAACGACAUGGCGCCUCCCGACGGGCACAUGCAGUACGACACCAAAUGGUCCACAAUGAAUCUGAUAAACCUGCCAAAGAUCAAACAAGAAUCAUUCAACGGCCUCAGUCACUUAGUAGCACUGCCAGCGUACGAUCAAGUGAAAUCGCCUGGACCGCCACAACUGCCCACCGUAAUCGAGAGGGUACACGAGGAUGCGGAGAAUACGGACGCGACCAUCAACGGAGUGCAAAGCACCACGAACAUCAAGACGGAUGAAAUUUCCAUCAACGGCAGCAUGGGCAGUGAUGACAAGAGUACGAGUAACAGUUCGGCGAGUCCAACAAGCGGGAACCGAAAUUCAAACACCAAACCACCGUACAGUUACGUUGCACUAAUAGCGAUGGCCAUUCAGAACUCCUCGAUGAAGCGAGCCACUCUGAGUGAAAUCUACGGCUACAUUACGUCCCGCUUCCCAUACUUUGAGAAGAACAAAAAAGGCUGGCAGAACUCGAUCCGGCACAAUCUCAGUCUGAACGAGUGCUUCGUGAAAAUCCCCCGCGAGGGUGGAGGCGAACGCAAAGGCAACUACUGGACCCUGGAUCCCCAGUACGAGGACAUGUUCGAGAAUGGAAAUUACAAGCGCCGGAGGCGGAUGAAGCGACCCUACCGGACGGGACACUACUCCAAGAUGUUCAGCGACUCGUACAUGACCAAUCCGGGAAACUUUGGCCGACCGGUGUUCCCGCAGAGUCCCUACCAGUAUCCGCGGUAUGAUACGGGGACGUCAUGGAUGCAAGCGCCCCAGCUGGGUUCUUAUACGCCGUGCCCAACCAGGACCAACUACUCAUACUCGACACAGCUGCAACAGCCGGUGCAGUCCGUGUCCAUCAACACCUACGGGUCCUUAUCGAACAACUUGGUUUCAGGUAGCACACCUCCUCCAUGCCCUCGGAGAUUCGAGACAUACUAUUCACCAUGGGAUACAGCAAUACUACCAGUGGUGAAAGAAGAGAUUCCCAACCAGAUGAGCGUAACGUCCACCCAGCAAAACUACCAGAAGAACUAUCUUCCGCAGCCGUAACAAUGACAAAAGUUGCUGGCAACGUUGCCCCGGUUGCACACACUGCUGCUUCGGCAACCACCACCACCCCCACCCGAUUGGUCACCUCCAUCGAGGUCACCUUCGAUGGGACAGGUUGCACUUGGUGGUAGCCAACUCAGUCCAUCAACUUUCCUCUGUUGUGAAAUUAACACUAAAGAAUUUGCUCCGAACGCAUCUUGUGAUUAGAGAGCAGUUUGGGAAACUCUACCCGGAAGCCCCCUCAACAAACCAAAGCUAGACAGUUUAGACGGAAAGGUACUGCUGCAUUUAUCGAAGAUCAUUUUUAGGAAGAAAACGGGGCAAAAUCUAGAUCAAAAUUAACGUUGUACAAAAAAAAAAUACUUAUGAGCGAUGAUGCAUAUCUUUGUAAAUACAAUAAGCUAGUGCAUAGGAAAUCAAAGAAUUGUUGGGAUCUCUAGCAUAAGGACACAGCAGAGCAUUUGUAUGCAUCAGAUUUACUAUAACAGAAGAAGACGAUAACAAAUAAAUUAUUUAUUUAAUAAAAGUAAACGUGGAUUAGUGAUAAGUAACUUGCACAAAGAAUGAUGCGCACACCAAAAAAUUUCCACAACCGUGUUUGGCACAUUGAUGUAAAUGAUAAAAUUUCCGUCCGAACAUUUGUAACCUGUAAAACUCAUAUUACAAUUGACGUAUACACUAAUAUCGAAUAAAAUCAGUGAAACUCGAAAUCGAA